UUUCUUGUUUAGGUGCACGGCUGUUCAACACCGCGAUCGUUCGCUCUUUCCCUCUCUCUCUCUCUCCCUCUCUCUUUUUCUUUCUCUCUCUCUCUCCUAUUUUGUAAAUAUUUUCUCUGAAGUUGCGCUUGCUUUAUAAACUUCGCUUCGCUGUUCCUGUCGCGCGUGUCGGUGAGUUCUGUCCUUUACCAGUUCCAUUCUUCGUUUCCAUUCUGUAACACUUCGCAAAGAAAAAGAGAAAAAAGACAGAAAAACGGGGGACAAAAACCUGCUAGUCUCGCCUCGGCUGUCGUUCAGAUGAAAGCUCUUUGGCUAUCAAAUACGACUCCUACCCAACGAUUAUGGGGCCUCGUUGUAUUUCUUAUCUUAUACUGGAUACUUGGUGGGGCUGUUUGGUGCAUUUUGGAGUACCCGCUCGAAAAGCAGAGCAUUCAAGAGAAUCUCAAAUUUAUCAUGGAAUUCAAGCGGAACCACACUUGCAUCUCAGAGGAGGAACUAGAAGGAUUCAUAAACAUCAUAGUGACAGCUGCCAACCGAGGUGUCUUUGCUGCAAAGAACAUCACUAUCUAUGAACCGAACUGGAGUUUUGGCCAGUCACUGUUUUUUGCAACUACCGUACUUACCACCAUAGGUUAUGGUCGAGUGACUCCGCUGUCAGAUGUUGGCAAAGGAUUCUGUAUAAUCUACGCUCUGAUUGGCAUCCCUUUGACCCUCAUCAUGUUCACGGCAUUAGUUGAACGACUGAUGAUCCCAGUCACAGCGUUGCUGCACUGGAUGCUACAGAAACUUGGUCACCUGUAUCGUGUCUUUCACAUCCGGAUGUUGCACCUGAUGCUUGUUGGCAUAAUCAUCAUUACACUGUUCUUCCUCAUUCCGUCUGCCAUUUUCUCAGUCCUUGAACCAAACUGGAACUACCUGGAUGGAUUCUAUUACUGUUUUAUAUCGCUCACAACCAUCGGUCUUGGAGAUUACAUUCCUGGAGACAGUCCUGACCAGAGGUACCGAGCUGUCUACAAAGUGGCCAUUACAGGAUACCUCAUAUUUGGCUUGAUCAUGAUGAUGCUAACCCUGACAGUGAUGUAUGAGAUUCCGGAACUGAACCUGGGCUUCCAUUUCUACUUGAAGAGUGACCACAACCAAGAGGAGGAGAGGGCUAUACUCCGUCCUGCAGACACACCACAUGGGCCAAAAUACACACAGCAAGUCGAUGACGACCCGAACUGUCAAAUGAGGCCCGAGUUUACAGCUGUCAGUGCUGUUGACCAGUCAAACCUCAACUGAUUCUGACGUUACCAACUGAUCAACCCUCAACAUGCAACCAUGCAACCACUGCUAACACCAACUGUGCAGCUACUCCUAAUACCAACCAUACAACCACCACUUACACUAACAGUACACACAGCAAUCAUAGAGCCACCCCUAACAAACAACAAGGGAGUCUAUAUGUGGUCGAUUGAGCUGCUAGAAAUAUCAGACAAAUUACUCUCAAACUACACCUUACAAUCGUUAAAGCAAAAAUACAUUAGAUAAUUUGUCCAAUACAAAUCCCCCUACAAGUGUUGGAUGGUCAUGGUCAGACUGCUUUGAUCAUAUGUCUGCUUGAUCAGGGUAGAUUUGGGGUUAAAUUCAGCCAUACAAACACCCCUAACACCAACAACAACAAUUAUACAACCGUCCCUGCCAACAACAUACAGCCAUCUCUUACACUAACUCUUUAACCAUCCUAACAACAACCGAUAUUAGCACAACCAUGAUUCCAUCAUUUGGUGAAAAACUGAUUUAAGAAGGAGAUGGUAAAUGUAUAUGUAUAUAUGUGUAUACUAAAUGGUAAAGCAGGUUAGUUACUGCACAAUUUUACCAUUAUGGAUUAAUCAAAUGCUAACAUAUAGUUGAAUGUAUACCAUUUGAAUAAUUCAUGAAUGCUGAAACUGCAAUAAGGGGAGCACAACUAACUUAUUAUAUCCUUUGAUGCACACAUACACACACAUGUGCACGUGUACAUACACACGAGAUGUAAAAAUUGUAGAUAUAAAGAAAUGAUAGGCAAAGAAGGGGAAACAAAAC